AGAGUCACCCUCUCUCUCUCUCUCUCUCUCAACAAUCUAAGACCGAAGCUUCAUCCUCAUCGCCGUGUUAGUACAUCUGUAGCAGUUUGCCGAUGAGUAGAGAUUAGGGAGAGUCGAAAUAAAAAACCUUCCAAAAAAAAAAAAAAACCAAAGCCAAACCAGGGAAGAGCGAUGUCACCUGCAACAACUGCCAUUGCCGCCUACUCAUCUUCCUCUUACUCUCCUUUCACUCUUUCCCCUCUCACCUCCUCAUCAUCACCCACUUGGGCAAAAGCUAAAUCAAAAUCCCACCUUUUGCCCGUAGCACAUCUAACUAGUACUAGAAGAACCCUCCUACGGUUCCCUUCCUUUUCGUUUAAUUCUGAUAAGCCCUCUCUCAUGAUUCCUUCUGCCAUCUCUAUUGAGAAGGAAACCCCAGAGACCCACCGCCCUAGCACUUUCCUCCGCGAAUCUGACGAUGUUCUCACCGCCCUCUCUUCUUCUUCAUCUUCCGUGCGGGCCCGCUUUGAGAAGAUGAUUAGGGACGCACAGGACACCGUCUGCGAAGCCAUCGAAGCAGUUGACGGAGGUGCCCACUUCAAGGAGGACGUCUGGUCGAGGCCUGGCGGCGGCGGCGGCAUCAGCAGGGUUCUACAAGACGGCGCAGUUUGGGAAAAGGCCGGGGUUAAUGUCUCCGUUGUCUACGGGGUCAUGCCUCCCGAAGCUUAUCGUGCCGCUAAGGCCGCCGCUGAUGAUCAGAUCAAGCCGGGUCCCGUUCCCUUCUUCGCCGCCGGAAUUAGCUCUGUUUUACAUCCGAAGAAUCCAUUUGCCCCAACAUUGCAUUUUAACUAUCGGUAUUUCGAGACUGACGCUCCCAAAGAUGCCCCCGGAGCACCAAGACAGUGGUGGUUUGGUGGCGGAACCGAUUUGACUCCUGCCUACAUUUUUGAGGAGGAUGUGAAGCAUUUCCAUUUGGCUCAGAAAAGUACUUGCGACAAAUUUGAUCCUACCUUCUAUGCUCGAUUUAAGAAGUGGUGUGAUGAUUAUUUCUAUAUCAAGCACCGUGGUGAGAGACGGGGACUGGGUGGAAUAUUUUUUGAUGAUCUAAAUGACUAUGAUCAAGAGAUGCUUCUUUCCUUUGCCACAGAAUGUGCAAAUUCUGUGGUUCCUGCUUACAUACCAAUCAUACAGAAAAGGAAGGAUAUGCCAUUCACAGACCAGCACAAGGCAUGGCAGCAAUUGCGAAGGGGGCGCUAUGUAGAAUUCAAUUUGGUUUAUGAUCGGGGAACCACAUUUGGACUGAAGACAGGAGGUCGAAUUGAGAGUAUUCUUGUUUCUCUCCCUCUAACUGCUCGGUGGGAAUAUGACCAUCAACCGGAAGAGGGAAGCGAAGAAUGGAAACUAUUAGACGCCUGCAUCAAUCCAAGGGAAUGGAUCUAACAUUAUUUAAAAGAAUGUAUCUCUCUCCCUACCUUCCUUUUCCUUCUCUGUUCUCGUUUCAAUCAAUGUUUCGUUUUUGCUCUGAUAGGAGUUAGGGCCCAAUAUCCGUGACCAGAUAUAAUUCACUAGAAGUAAAAGGUGAUGUAGAUGUAAAUCAUAUACUAUAUGAGUAUGGCCUUUUUGUAAGGAAGGAAAGAAAAUCUUCUAGUGAAUAAAUGUUAAGGCGACAGGGUUUAGAAAUUGCUAGUGAUUGCAUAAAUUCUGUAAUCCUAUGUUGAUAUCAAAGGAGAUAUAAACUUCAGCUUUAAAA